AUAUUUGAUAUUCGGUACAACUCUGUGGCCGACAUCAGCGAACUAUUUACGUGACUAAUACGUAAUGCAGCUCAGUAUCGGUGUUUACAAUGGUGUCGUUGGGUAAGUAGCACAAGUGCGAAGACAACCUAGUUGACUAGCAAACUGUUUUUUCAAAUUUAGCCGUAUCUUAAUUUUGUACCAGUGCUGCAAGUUAUCCGUAUACAGUAUAAAACUGGAGGUAAUGUGUCUGGUGCUGGUCGCAGUGUUGUGGGGUUGCACCAACCCGUUCCUGAAGAGAGGCACCGAAGGAAUAGAACAUGUCAAAGAGAGCAGUAAACUUCUUCAGUUCAUGGCAGAAAUCAAGUUCUUGUUUCUAAAUGUCAAGUACCUUAUCCCGUUCCUGCUGAAUCAGAUGGGCUCGGUGGUCUAUUACUUCACUCUGGCUACAACAGACAUGUCCCUGGCGGUACCAGUGGCCAACUCCCUUACCUUCGUCUUCACCCUCCUCACAGGAAAACUGCUGGGCGAGGAGUUUGGUGGCAAAAGGGAGGUAGCUGGGAUGAUUCUCACCAUGACUGGCAUCACUGUGUGUGUGUUCAGCUCUAUUACUGAGGCCAAGAUGACACAACAGAACAUCACAGACACCUCACCCUAAUGUACACGCACACACACACAAAAAUGUUCAAACACACACGACUCCACACCCUAAAACCGUCCAUCCGGACCUUUCUAUUUCUCUCUACUAUAGGCGGUGUUAAUACAGUUGACUGUGUUUUUCCAAGGACCAAAUUAUGACACUGUUAAGACAUGCUUGUUUAGAAGCUCUACACAUGGGUUUGUUUCUUAACGAGGCGUCCAUAUUGUAGAUAAGUAUGUAAGGCUAGGCUUCAUCUCCUCCUAGUUUGUGUGUGUGUGCGUGCGUGCGCGCGCGCGCACGUGCGUGUGCGCACGUGCGUGUAUCAGCAGAAGCCAACAGAGCUGGCUAGUCCAGUGUCGAAGAGGAGAGACUGAGUGAAUGUGGUUGGACCCAGGCUGACAUGUGCAUGCACAGCACAGUGCUCAGCUCCCACGGAGGAGGAAGCAGC